AUUAUAAAUGUUUGAUAAGAUGGUAUAUUACACCGAGUGUAGAACACAAGAUGAGUGGGGAGAAACUACCUUGGUGUUGGCGGGGGUGUGGAGAGAUAGGCACGGUGUAUCACAUAUGGUGGGAGUGUCCAAAAAUACAAGUAUUCUGGAAGAAAAUUGUACAUCAAGUUAGGAUGAUUACGGAAAUAGACGUUAGAUUGGACCCUGGAAUUUGCCUUUUUCAUAACACAGAACUAUCAGUAAAUAAAUAUAAAGAAACGGGUGUAUGGUACUACUUAAAUGCAGAAAAAAGUUUGAUACCAAAGUUUUGGCGUAAAAUAGAGGUUCCAAAGGAAGAA